GCCGUUCUUCGUUACACUGGUAUUUCCUGUCGCUCUUUUUCGUAAGAGUUGGCUGCCUGCUACAUUGUCGGCUGUUUAUUCAAUCAAACGUGUACCUCGUGCCAUUGUAAGAUGCGGUUUCCAUGGAGACCCUUGGCACUGUGUUGCUCAGCCCCUGGGAGACGGGCAUCAUCAUCAGUUCCCGAGGGCAUCCAGAGCUUUGUGCCCGCCAGCAGCACCAUCGAUGCCCACACCCUGGAGCAGCUACAGGCCUUCUUGUCCCGUGCCACGCGCCUCUUCGUCAUCACUGGGGCGGGUCUGUCCACAGAGUCUGGCAUUCCAGACUACCGCUCAGAGGGGGUGGGUCUCUACGCCCGCACAGACAGGCGACCUAUGCAGUAUGCAGAGUAUAUACGCAGCGCCAAGUCUCGUCAGCGCUAUUGGGCUAGGAACUAUAUGGGCUGGCCACAGUUCUCCUCUCAUCAGCCGAACUCUGCCCACCUGGCUCUGCAGCAGUGGGAGGAGCAGGGAAAGGUACACUGGCUGGUAACUCAGAAUGUGGACGCGCUUCAUUCCAAGGCAGGCCAUCAAGGACUGACUGAACUGCACGGCUGCGCACACAGGGUGUUGUGUCUGGGCUGUGGUGCCGUGUCUCCAAGGGAGGACCUCCAGAAGCGGUUCAAAGCACUGAACCCUAGCUGGGGUGCACAGGCAGGAGGUGUGGCUCCCGAUGGUGAUGUCUUCAUUGAGGACGAGCAGGUCCUCCACUUCAGAGUGCCUUCAUGUAAGGAUUGUGGGGGCAUAUUGAAGCCAGAGGUGACAUUCUUUGGGGACACAGUGAACCGAAGGACAGUGCAGUUUGUACAUGAGAGACUAGCUGAGUCCGAUGCGGUUCUUGUCGCUGGAUCUUCUUUGCAGGUGUAUUCUGGAUACAGAUUCCUACUGGCAGCAGCUGACCAGAAGAUCCCAGUAGCCAUCUUGAACAUUGGGUCUACCAGGGCCGACCACCUGGCAGAGUUCAGAGUCAGUGCUCGUUGUGGGGAGGUAUUGUCUGUCAUUCAGCCUCACUGACCACAAAGACAGACGGAAGGCCUCACUAGGACUUUAGUCACUGAUCCACAGAUACCGUUGUAUUGUUUUGAGAACUAUUCAGUGGGCUCUACUAUUCUAACUCUUGGUCAACCUGGCAGCAAUGCAAUCAGCUUUAGGACAUUGGGCUGAAGUGAUGGACACUACUAGUAACCAGGAAUCAUGUGUUAUGGGCUUGUACAUGUACAGUGCCUUUAGAAAGUAUUCAAAUCUCUGUACCCCACAGAUACAAUUAUCUGUAAGGUCCCUCAGUCGAGCUGUGAAUUUCAAACACAGAUUCAACCACCAGGGAAGUUUUCCAAUGCCUUGCAAAAGGCACCUAUUGGUAGAUGGGUAAAAUAAAAAGCAGACGUUGAAUAUCCCUUUGAGCAUGGUGAAGUUAUUAAUUACACUUUGGAGGGUGUAUCAAUACACCCAGUCACUAACUACAAAGAUACAGGCGUCUUUCCUAACUCAGUUGCCAGAGAGGAAGGAAACCACGGAAUAGAGCCAAGUACAGUCAAAGUCCUAGAGUAAAACCUGGUUUAGUCUGCUUUCCAACAGACACUUUGAGAAAAAUUCACCUUUCAGCAGGACAAUACCCUAGAAUACAAGGCCACCUAUACACUGGUUGCUUACCAAGAUGACUUUGAAUGUUCUAGUUACAGUUCUGAGUGGCCUAGUUACAGUUUUGACUUAAAUCGUCUUGAAAAUCUAUGGCAAGACUUUAAAAUGGCUGUCUAGCAAUGAUCAACAACCAACUUGACAAAUUAUUUUUUAAAGUAUAAUGUGCAAAUAUUAUACAAUCCAGGUGUGCAAAGCUCUUAGAGACAUACCCAGAAAGACUCACAGCUGAAGGCCUAAUCCCUGCCAAAGAUUAGUUUAACAUGUAUUGAUUCAGCGGUGUGAAUAGCUUAUAGCACAAAAAGUUUAUAUUUUUAAAAUGUUGUGCACAAAUUUGUUUACAUCUCUGUUAGUGAUCAUUUCUCCUUUGCCAAGAUAAUCCAUCCACCUGACAGGUGUGGCAUAUUAAGAAGCUGAUUAAACAGCAUGAUCAUUACACAGGUGCACCUUGUACUGGGGACAAUAAAAGGCCACUCUACAAUGUGCAGUUUUCUCACACAACACAAUGCCACAGAUGUCUCAAGUUUUCAGCGAGCAUGCAAAUUGGCAGGCUGACUGCAGGAAUGUCAAUCAGAGCUGUUGCCAGAGGAUUUGAAUGUUAAUUUAGCUACCAUAAGCCACCCCCAAUGUCAUUUUAGAGAAUUUGGCAGUACGUCCAACUGGACGGAUCGUAUAAGACCAGCCACCCGGACAGCUGAUGAAACUGGGUUUGCACAACUGAAAAAUGUCUGCACAAAUUGUCCGAAACCAUGUCAAGGACGUUCAUCUGUGUGCUCGUCAUCAUCACCAGGGUCUUGACCUGACUGCAGCUCAGCGUUGUAACCAACUUCAGUGGGCAAAUGCUCACCUUCGAUGGCCACUGGCUCGCUGGAGAAGUGUGCUCUUCACGGAUGAAUGCCAGUUUCAACUGUCCUGGGCAGAUGGCAGACAGCUUGUAUGGCGUCGUGUGGGAGAGCGGUUUGCUGAUGUUAAUGUGAACAGAGUGCCCCAUGGUGGCAGUGGGGUUAUGGUAUGGGCAGGUAUUAGCUACGGAUAACAAACACAAUUGCAUUUUAUCGAUGGCAAUUUGAAUGCACAGACAUACCGUGACAAGAUAACGAGGCCCAUUGUGCCAUUAAUCUGCCGCCAUCACCUCAUGUUUCAGCAUGAUAAUGCACAGCCCAAAGUCGCAAGGAUCUGUACACAAUUCCUGGAUGCUGAAAAUGUUCCAUUUCUUCCAUAGCCUGCAUACUCACCAGACAUGUCACCCAUUGAGCAUGUUUGGGAUGCUCUGGAUUGACAUGUAUGACAGUGUGUUCCACAGUCAUUUGAAGAGUGGGACAACAUUCCACAGGCCACAAUCAACAGCCUGAUCAACUCUAUGCAAAAUAUAUAUGUCAUGCUUUGUAACCGAUGUGAAAUGGCUAGCUAGUUAGCGGGGUGCUUGCUAAUAGCAUUUCAAUCGGUGACGUCACUCGCUCUGAGACCUUGAAGUAGUUGUUCCCCUUGCUCUGCAAGGGCCACGGCUGUGGAGCGAUGGGUAACGAAUCUUCGAGGGUGGCUGUUGUCUAUGUGUGCAGAGGGUCCCUGGUUCGAGACCAGGUAGGGGCGAGGAGAGGGACGGAAGCUAUACUGUUACAGUUGCAUGAGGCAAAUGGUGCUCACACCAGAUACUGACUGCUUUUCUACAUUUUUUUAAGGUACCUGUGACCAACAUAUGCAUAUCUGUAUUCCCAGUCAUGUGAAAUCCAUAGAUUAGGGCCUAAUGAAUGAAUUUCAAUUGACUGAUUUCCUUAUAUGAUCUGUAGCUCAGUAAAGUAUUUGAAAUUGUUGCAUGUUGCAUUCAUAUUUUUGUUGUGUAAAUUAGAUUUAUGCAUUGAAAUGAAAAUACAUUUGCAAACAUUUCUAAAAACAUGUUUUCACAGUGUGGUAGCCAUUAUGAGGUAUCGUGUUUAGAUGGGUGAGAAAAAAACAUCUGUUUAAUCCAUUUUGAUUUCAGGCUGUAAGACAUGUGUCAAACUCAUUCCACAGAAGGCCGAGGGUCUAUGGGUUUUCACUCCUCCCUUGUACUUGAUUGAUGAAUGAAGGUCACUAAUUAGUAUGGAACUCCACUCACCUCGUUGUCUAGGUCUUAAUUGAAAGGAAAAAAAAACAGCAGACACUAGGCCUUCCAUGGAAUGAGUUUGACACCCCUGCUGUAAUACCACAAAAUGUGGAAUAAGUCAAGGGGUAUGCAUACUUUCUGAAGGCACUGUAUACUCUAUGGCUGACAGGGCAAUAUUCUGAAGUUAACCCCUGCCUUAUUGAUCCUCCCUGGAAGUAAUAGUCAUCCAUAGGAAUGAAUGGUUAUUAUUCUACUUUUCACUUAGCCUAUCCAUCGCUUUAGCUAACUAGUAUAUACUUUACAGACAACCACCAAUAUGGAAAAUAGGUGCAAUAACUAUUUUAGAGUUUUAAAGAUGAGCUUUAGAUAUGUAGGCCUACUAAUAAUAAUAUUGUGGGGGAUCUAGUCUUGUCAGUGCACAGGCAUGGUUUAGGUAAUGUCAACACCACAGUAAUGCAUUUACCAAAUGAGGGGGAUUUGCAUUAACAAUAAAUAAAUAAACCAACUUA